UCUAUACCCACUCCACUGCUCUCAUUCUUACCGUACUUCGGUUAGACCGCGACUAGGUACUGCUACCUAGGCUGGGCAUGUCUAUGAUAUGACGAAGAGUUAUCUCACAUUGUUAAAAGAUAAGAUAAUAGGUCAAUGCCAUCGUCUCACAUGAAGUUUGCCAUCGAACUGCCAAAGCCUAAUCAAGGAGCAAUCAACAAAAACAAUCUCACCCCGUUCUGACAUAACCUUUCUGUUCUCCUUUCUACACAUGAAAAAACCUCAUCAGCCAAACAGGGGAGUUUCAAGUUUGAAAACAGCUGCAGACCAUUCAUUUGACAGAACCAGUGACAAGACAAGUACAUCUCUGCAUCCCAAGAGGAAAUUUUUUCAUACCUAAAUAUGGCGACAGACACCACAGAAAAUGAAGAUUUAAUUCUUAUGGUAGGGUACAGCUGCCUUGAUCUUGUCUUGUCAGCCCCUCGUUACCCUGAAGAGGACUCUAUGAGCAGGGCUUUGGAUUACCACAAGCGUCGAGGAGGUAACGCCUCAAACUCAUCAACUGUGCUAUCACAACUUGGAGCAAAGCCCGAACUCUUAGCAGUAAUGACUAGUGACGAGUAUGGGGAGUUUAUUCAAAAUGACCUAAAGGCAAAUGGUAUAAUCUUUGAAAAUUGUCCAAUCUAUCCGAAUAUCAAUUCACCAUUCACUAGCAUAAUUCUGAGCCUUUCCUCUGGGACUAGAACUAUCUUACAUUAUCGUCCCAAAGAUUAUCCUAAUCCCACAGUGGAAGACUUCAGCAAAUUGAAUCUUGCAAAAUAUAAGUGGAUACACUUUGAGGGAAGAGCUGUUCCAGAGGUAUUAAAAAUGAUUGAUGUGCUUGAUGCUUGGAAUACAUUAAACUACGAUAAAAAAGUAUUAUACUCAGUCGAGUUGGAAAGAUGCUAUGAAGAAACUAAAGGACUUCUUUCCAAAGGCAAUGUUGUGUUUUUAUCCAAAGAGUUUACGAAGUACCUUGGAUAUACGUGUCCUAUUUCAGCUCUCCAAGGAUUGGCACAGAUUGUACAACCUGGAGCAAAUAUUGUCAUCCCAUGGGGAGAGCAAGGGGCUGUGGCAAGAUCAGGUGAUGGAGUUAUUUUGAAAUCACCGGCCUACAAACCAACAGCUGUUCUUGACUCAACUGGAGCUGGAGACACAUUCAUUGCUGCUACUGUAUAUUACCUGAGUAAAAAAAAGUCUCUUUUAGAAGCGAUUGACUUUGGUAAUAAAAUUGCUGGUGCGAAAUGUGGCAUGGUAGGAUACCUCGGAAUUAAUGAAGUGUAUGAAAAAUUUAAGAAAGUUUGAAACUGGUUUAUAAUGAGGGAAAAAGUGAUCCAAAAUAUAUAAAUGUAUAAAAUUUAAGAAAGAUGCACAUAUGCCUUAUAAAAUACUAUAAUGUUGAUAACAUUCUUGUUUUAACAAAUAACAAGUUAUAUCUUUCAAUACUUUAAGUUGAUUUAGACAAACAUUUCAUGAAAUUGUAAACCUUAUAAAUUUCAUCUGUAAUAUUUCAUUACUUCCAUCUUGAUUACAAAUACUGUAAUACUGUACAUACAGACAGAUGAGUCCAAACAAAAAAAAAUAUAAUUAAAUUUUAGUUUAUAUUCCAACAAA